GCUGUGGUGACUCACAGGUUUCAGCAGCUGUUUAAAAACGUGCUGUCGUGCUCUGAUAGAUCACUCAGGCUCCAUCAUGAAGCUCGUGCUGCUGCUCGCGCUCCUCGCAGCCUCUGAAUGCGACAGCACAAAGGUCAAAGGUCAAACGGGACAGGAUGUCACUUUGUCCUGUAAAUAUGACAGAAAAUACUACGGAGCUCUGUCGGUCUGCUGGGGUCGAGGAGAAAUACCAAACAGUGGCUGCUACAAUCAGCUGAUCUCCUCAGAUGGAGACAGAGUAGAGACCAGAGCUUCCAGCAGGUAUGAGCUGCUGGGCCGACUGGAGGACGGAGACAUUUCUCUGACCAUCCUGAACCUCACAGAGGGAGACGCUGGACGCUACGGCUGCAGGGUGGCGAUACCCGGCUGGUUUAAUGAUGAGAAACAUCACUUUGACCUGACCGUCGUCACAGCUCCGCGUAUUCACACAUCGCCGGCCUCAAACACAGAGACGCCCUCAGAGCCGACAACAGCCGCUCAGACUGAAGGUCACAUGACCUCCUCAGAAAGCCUCUCCACUUCCUCCUCCAGCAUGACGAAGAGCAGCGAGGAGGAGGACAGCAGCCAGCUGAUCGUGGUUGUCCUCUGCACGCUGCUGGGUUUGUUGUUUCUGCUCAGCAUCGUGGGAAUCAUCAUGGUGAGAAAACUGAAGCUACUCAACAAAAUCCCUCAGCAGCUUCGGGAGGUCGGCAGCUCCAUCCGGUUCAACUCCACGUCAUCGACUCUGCAGCUGCAUGCUCAAAGCACCCGCUGUGGACAACAUCUACCAGAUGGACGGCGGGCGGCGAAGGAGGUGUCUACGAGAACUGCCCCUGAGCUUGAGGCUCCUCCCACUUACCUGCUGAACCUGGAAGUGUAGCCAUGAUGAGCUCUUCUGGACUUUGAACAAGGAAACAUUUAAGGACAGAAGGUGACAACACAUCAGGUGUUCUGUCAUGUAACGGUCAGGUGGGAGGUUCUGCAGGUGGCUAACACACUCAGAGCUAAAGUGUAAAUAAACGUGUAAAGAGCUUUUAUUCUGAAAGGUCUGGUGAGAUUCCAUGAUUUUUCUAGAUUUAAUUUAAUAAAAUGUU